GUAGAUUGAUGGGAUAAGCAUGAGGCGCACGUGAUGCUCUUCUUCUUCUCCAGCACUCUCUGUUCUCUUGUUCUCGAUCGGCGUUACAAAGAGCUUGGAAGAGAAGAAGCAGCAGCCAUGCUCCGACGAGCUCUUGGAAGAGCAGUGACCCAAAUCUCAGCUUGCUCCUGUUCAGUCACUAAGCCGAUGCUACUGAGGUUUUGCGGAACCAGUGGCUUGGGCUCUUCGCAGGAGGAAAGUGUUGCUCGACAGAUGAUUCAGUAUGCUCUUAGCCAUGCAAGAUCUCAGAAAUCAGGGGAAUCAUACGCACAGGCGAUGCUGGUGCUAGAGCAGGGAUUGUCCAAUUUUCAGGCAAGUGGCGGGGACUCCGACGACGAUGCUAUCGGAGUGCUAUUGCUCGCUAUGUCCACUUUGCUUUAUGAAAGAGGAGAGCUUGGAGAUACCAUUGAAAAGCUUCAGAUGGUUCUUCGGUUGGAAGGAGCAUCUUUACCGGUCAGAGUUGCAGCGUUGGAGGGCCUAGUGGGACUUCGACUGGAGAAUGGAGAGGACAAUGCUUCACGAAUGCAAGCAGAUGAUUACUUGCAGCUGUUGAAAGGAAGCACAGACACACAAGCUUCUUUUGCCUUAGAUGCUGUAACUUCACGGGCUAAAGCCAUAAAAGGAUUGGCUGAUCUUGCUACUGGUGAACUCAAUACAGCUGAAUUAUUGUUUAGUGAUGAAAACACCAACCUAGAGGAGGAUAAAAUUCAGAAAGGAAAUGCUGUUCUUUCAUAUGGAGAAUAUUUACAUGCCACUGGGAAUUUCUCAUUGGCAAAAGAUUUGUAUGAGAGGAUCAUCGAGGUGUUUGAGGCUAAAGAUGGGUUUGAUUACGCUUAUCCAGCAGCUGCUAAUAUGGUCCCUGAAGAAGUUCUCUUGGGAGCCACCUGCGCACUUGGGCAACUUCUAUCACAAUCAGGGAAGUUUAAUGAUUCAGAGGAAUUGCUGACAAAAGCAUUGAAUAUGGCUGAAAAUCAUUUUGGUUCAACUCAUCCGAAGGUCGGGGUUGUACUUACUUGCAUUGCCCUCCUGUUUAAGCACAAAGCAAGAAUUGAAUCUUCUAGUUCUAUAUUGAUCCAAGAGGGACUGUAUAGGAGGGCCUUAGACUUGCUGAAAGCUCCAGGUUGUGAUUUUGAAGUAAAGAACAACCAUGUCGAUAGGAGAGAUGUGGUUGCCCUUGCAAGAGGAGGAUAUGCAGAAAUCCUACUCAUUCAACAGAAUAGAAAAGCAGAAGGUGAACGUAUGAGCAAGUGGGCCGAAGCCACAUGGAGAAAUCAUCGCUUGUCUCUGGCACAAGCCUUGGAAUUCUCUGAACCUUCUCAAGCAGCAGUUAUAGACACUCGGAUCAGCAGAGUCCUAUGAUGACUGUUAGUUAGUACAUAUUCCAUUCGACAACUCUUGAAGUAGUCCAUAGAUAACUCACUGCUUGAGAAAAGUUCAAUACCUGGUUUUGAAAUUUUCUUGUUAGCAUAAAUGUAGAUGCUUUUGCUCUGUCACAGUGGCAUCUGAAUGACUUGUUUGUUGUGCUUGUUUUCAAUCUUCAUCAUCAUGUAAAACAAUAAGCAGUAACAAAUUUCUCACCCAAAUGCCUGGUUUCAGGUUUCA